CUGCUUCGGUUUGGGCACCCGGACAGUAUCACAGCCCUUACACAAAUCAAAUGAGAUAUGUGUGGCGCAUAUGUAUUUCGUGCCUCCUUGUACCAAUAUCUAUGUGUUAAAAUAAAUAAAUAAAUAAAAAUGCUUCUCUUCACUCCUUUGUUUGCUUCUGUGUAUUCGGCCUGUGCCUUGACUUUCUCUGCUCUUGUUCGGCUGUUGUCGAUUGCUGCCUUUUUGUUCUUCUUUUCUCGAAUCUUUUCCAAGAUAUUAACAGAGAUUCAUUGUUCAUGAUGGUGCUUCUUGAGGCCUAGGACGUCCUCUUUAAUCUCAUCCCAGUUGUUCUCCAGUGUGGUUUCCUCUUUUUUAGUAGAUCUUUUAAAGGUUGGGAUAUAUUGCUGUGAGCAAUUUUACAUUCGCUGAGUUGGUUAGCACCUCGAAGGAAGGCUAUAUUGAACUUUUGUGAUUUUACUUGUCCAGUUUCCCAAUUCUUUUUUUAUUUCAUUUCUAGCUUGACCACCAUCAAAUAGGGUCUGAAACUAUAUCAGCCCCUCAACAGUCUAAUUUUGUGAUUACUUAUCUAUUGACAUUGUAUCAUUGUAUAUCUUCUAGAUCCAUCGUUUUAAUAAACUAAGACGUGUUCAACAUCAUUAACCUUAAAAUAAUUUCCCAGGUUGAUCUUAGCCAGAUCACGAUUGAAAACCUGGAAGCACCGGACGAUUGUUUCGUCCUAGUAUGAGACGCCUCAGCAGUGCGUAUCAACGAUCCUGUACACCAGACUCAAACCCAAGUCAAUGUGGCAAGCUGCAUUCAUUCACCUUCAUCUAAAUCUUCAGUAUCAUUUCUAAAUUUCUAUUCUUCUAUCUCAUUUGUUCUUUACGAUACAGCGAAAAUUCCCAUUUAGACAUUGAAGAAAAAGACGAAUAGAGCGAAGUGAUAUUUCUUUUCAAUUAAUUUCUUAUAAUGGCCCUACAAUAAUACGUAUAUGACUCAGAAAUAAUAAAAAAUACUAGCCAGGUGUUAGCGGGACAUAGACUAGAUUAAAGCAUGCUCAAUUCACGAUUGCUUUGGUGCACGCUGAUUGGCUAAUUCUUAACCAAUCAGCACUAGUCGAUAGUUGGAGAACACUCUAGAAUCUUCUCAUGUAGAAAACUAUAAAUAUACUGACGUUUUUCUCUAUUGUGCUUCUGACUUGCUAUUUGGAAUAUAAGCUCUUUCCUGUUCAACCGUGUUUUGAUUUGGGGACUUGUCGAGUGAAUCGGUGUCCGAGAAUACUAAGCAAUAGGAAUAGCUGGGUCAUAACCGUAAGAAGAAAGAGAUUAUAACAGUGGCGACGGGGAAAAAGGAAAACAAAUUCAAGAUGCCUAUAUCAGAUGACCAGCUUAACCGAAUACUACAACAACAGCAAGCACAACUUGAUGCACAAAUGCGGUUGUUGGAGACUCUGACUCAACAGCUCAACAUCCACAGCUCGAGUUCACACGCUAUUUCAAGUUCGUCUUGUGAUGCAGUUGCUAGCAGCAUCCCAGAAUUCAUCUAUGAUCCCGAAAAUGGAAAUACUUUUCUCACGUGGUUCAGACGUUGGGAAGAUACAUUUAGAACAGAAUUCUGUAAUCAAGACGAUGCGUGGAAGACCCGAUUGUUGGUACGUAAGUUGGGAAGCAACGAACAUGCACGUUUUGCUGACCAUAUAUUGCCAAAGUUACCUCGAGAGCUCAGUUUCGAGGAGACGGUAUUUCAGCUGUCAGAGAUAUUCGGCGAGUCAUCCUCGUUGUUUAGUAUUCGAUAUCGGUGUCUAAAUUUGGUGAAACGCGAAGCUGAUGAAUAUGGUGUUCUAGCAGACAUUGUCAACAGAGAAUGUGAACGUUUCAAGUUACGCUCGUUGACUGAUGACCAAUUUAAAUGCUUAAUAUUCAUCAAAGCUCUUCAGUCACCACAAGAUGCUGAGAUCAGGACGAGACUUUUAGCUCGACUGGAUCAAGACCCAAACGUCACACUCAGAACAUUGACAGAUGAGUGUAAGCGUCUACAAAGCAUCAGACACGACAACGAGUUGAUUGAACAGGUAAAUCCUAAUUUAACCUGCGGUAGUGUAAAUACUAUUACUAGGCUAAAAGUUCAGAAGCCGGUAACAACUCGUAACAAACCAAGGACUGCAUGCUGGUUAUGCGGUGAUUGGCAUUAUGCACGAUUCUGUCCGUUCAAGAAGCAUAAAUGUCAGGAGUGCAACAAACGUGGACAUAAAGAAGGUCAUUGUCCACCGAAGCGUACGUCUCAGCCUAAGAAGAAGCAUAAACGUCCUCGACAUGUGAAAUCAGCCGAGUCUAAAUCUCUUUCUUUGGUAGCUGCCUUUCAAACAAACUAUGACAUUCAGAGAAAGUAUGUUACCAUCCAGAUAAACGGCAUAUCAGCUCGUCUUCAAAUUGACACGGCAUCAGAUAUCACGUUAGUGUCUAGAGAAACGUAUAACUUGCUGGGUAAACCGCCAAUGAAGCCAUCUAAGAAAAGGGCUAAAAACGCAUCAGGUGGUGUGCUAAAACUGGUUGGUGAAUUACAGUGUGAAUUUUCCUUCAAUGGAACUAACUGUACAGGAAUAUGUUACCUAACAGAACGGCCGAACCUUGAUCUUCUUGGUCUAGAUAUGUUAGACAAACUUGGAAUAAUGGAUGUACCAAUUAACAGUGUCUGUAACGUAUCGUGUUCAUCAUUGGACACCCCAGUACUUCCAAAGAAGACAGGUGAAAGGUUACUAGAAAAACUGAAAAGAAAGUUUGCCUCUGUUUUUCAGAAUAGCCUUGGCCACUGUACCAAGAUGAAAGCGCAUUUACCAGUAAAACCAGAUGCUAGUCGACCAGGAACUUAAUCGCUUGCAACAGGCUGGUGUAAUCCGACCAGUUAACUACUCUGCAUGGGCCGCACCGAUCGUAGUGAUUAAGAAGGCCAGUGGGACUAUACGCAUAUGUGCCGAUUUCUCGACCGGUUUAAAUGCUGCAUUAGAUGUAUAUCAAUAUCCAUUACCAGUUCCUGAAGACCUGUUUGCCAAGCUUAAUGGUGGGACGUGCUUCGCGAAAAUAGACUUCUCUGAUGCUUAUCUCCAAGUGGAAGUAGAUGAAUAUAGUAGAGAGCUUCUGACCAUUAACACUCAUCGAGGGUUAUUUCAAUACACCCGUCUACCAUUUGGCAUCAAGACCGCACCCGCCAUUUUUCAGCAAAUAAUAGAUACGAUGCUAACAGGUAUGCCUGGUAUAGCAGCUUAUCUAGACGAUAUCAUAGUUAUGGGUUCAACUGACAGUGAACUUUCUGAUCGACUACACCAAGUCCUUAACCUAGUGUUGGAGUAUGGUUUCCAACUACGUGAGGAAAAAUGUAUCUUCUUCAUGCAUUCGAUCAAAUACCUUGGUUUUAUCUUAGAUAAGAACGGUCGCCGACCAGACACUGCCAACAUCGAAGCCAUUCAGAAGAUGCUUGCACCAACUGAUGUUUCUUCAUUAAGAUCCUUCUUGGGGUUACUCAGUCAUUACAGCACAUUCUUGCCUGAAAUGCAUCGAGUGAGAGGUCCCCUAAAUGAAUUACUAUCGAAAGAUAAACCUUGGCAGUGGUCAGCAGAAUGUCAAGCAUCUUUUGACAGAGUCAAAUCAAUGCUCAGCUCAAAGAUUCUUUUGACGCACUUCGAUCCCUGCUUGGAAAUUGUUGUUGCAUCUGAUGCCUCUAGUCAUGGAGUUGGAGCAGUGAUAUCUCACGUGUUUCCGGAUAAAUCAGAAAAGACAAUUGCCCAUGCUGCUAGAUCACUUACUCCAGCCGAGCGAAACUACAGCCAAAUUGAAAAGGAAGCUCUUGCAAUCAUUUUCGCAGUCAAAAGAUUUCAUAAAAUGCUCUAUGGUCGUACAUUUACUCUACUGACAGAUCACAAACCUUUGAUUGCAAUCUUUGGUUCUAAGAAAGGAAUCCCUGUCUAUACGGCUAAUAGACUACAGCGCUGGGCAACAAUGCUCCUGAGUUAUGAUUUUAAUAUCAAGUAUCAGUCGACAAAUACUAUCGGUCAAGCUGACGCUCUCUCCCGAUUAAUUGGAGUUCAACAUCCUGGACCAGAGGAUAUAAUCAUUGCCUCCACAGCAGUAGACCCAGAAAUACGAAGUAUAGUGGCAGAUGCCAUUCGAAACACUCCAGUGUCGUCAGAUGAAGUCAGGGAAGAAACGCUUCGAGACCCAACACUACAAGAAGUUAGAAAGUUCCACCUAGAAGGGUGGCCCUCGAAAAUCAGUUCCACAGAGCUUCAACAGUUUUACCAGCGAAGACUCUCUCCUUCAAUCAUCGAUGACUGUCUGCUGUUUGCCGAACGUGUCAUAAUUCCCAAGAAGCUACAACCAGCAGUGCUUGAACAGUUGCAUGCAGGACAUCCUGGGAUAAAUCGCAUGAAAGCACUAGCACGAAGUUAUGUAUACUGGCCGCAUUUAGACACCCAACUGGAGCAGCUAUCCCGUUCGUGUACCAAAUGUGCAUUAGCAACAAAGGCACCGCGAAAAGCAGAGCUGCAAUCAUGGCCAAUACCACAGUCACCGUGGCAGCGUAUACAUUUGGACUUUGCUGGUCCACUUCAUGGACAAACUUACCUUUUGGUGGUUGAUGCAUAUAGCAAGUGGCCAGAAAUUUUUCUCAUGGAACACCCUACUGCAAGCUGCACAGUCAGUAAACUACGUCAACUAUUCAGUCGUUUUGGAAUCCCGGAAUUGAUAGUUAGUGACAACGGAACACAGUUUACGUCCGGAAUCUUCUCACAAUUUUGUCGGCAGAACGGAAUCCAGCACCUGCGAACACCUCCAUUCCACCCCCAAUCAAAUGGCCAAGUGGAACGCUUUGUGAGUACAUUUAAAAAUGCUCUAAAAAAAUCCAAAGGGGAAGGGACCACUGAAGAUAUCUUAGAGAGGUUCCUGUUUAUUUAUCGCUCUACAUCGAACCCUCAGACAAUUAACGGGGUCUCUCCAGCAGAAGCUCUACUUGGCAGAAAGAUACGAACACAUUUCGAUGUCAUCCGUCCUACGCCAGCUAUUGAACCCCAACGAAACCUAUCGAUGGAGAAUCAGUUCAACCGACAUCAUGGGGCACAAAGACGAUUGUUCACGGUGGGACAAAAAGUGCUUGCUAUGGACUAUCGUGGGAAACAUCCUACAUGGACAGCUGGUCGUAUCUUGAGAAAGAAGGGGAGUGUGGUUUACGAGGUGUCAGUUGGCUCGGAAGUUUGGGUACGUCAUGCUAACCAAUUGAAAGCAACUUCGAUAGCCAGUAACAAGAUUCAAUAUCGAUUACCUCUUGAUGUUCUGCUAGACACCUUUGAAAUCAAAACGCCGGGAAUAGACACAUCAGUUUCUGUGCAAGAAAAGAGUGAUACUUCUCUAUUGCCUAGACGAUGGACUAAUCGAAAGCAAAGGCCAGUCACUCGGUUGCAGUUGGACCCUAGCACCAGAUCCUACGAAUCUGCUCAAAGGGGAGGUGUUAGCGGGACAUAGACUAGAUUAAAGCAUGCUCAAUUCACGAUUGCUUUGGUGCACGCUGAUUGGCUAAUUCUUAACCAAUCAGCACUAGUCGAUAGUUGGAGAACACUCUAGAAUCUUCUCAUGUAGAAAACUAUAAAUAUACUGACGUUUUUCUCUAUUGUGCUUCUGACUUGCUAUUUGGAAUAUAAGCUCUUUCCUGUU